UGGCAGCCAAAAAAUAAACAAAUGUUUUUCUUUUGGGGUUGAAUUCCGCCAAAGAAUGAACUGUAACGAACAGAUUUCUUUUUUUUUUUUUACAGUGUUUACAGUACCACUCUUUCCCAUCAAUUCUGUCACCACGUGUAACAAGUCCGCAUGGUACUAGACAAUCGUCGCAGGUAAACUUAUUCCUAAGCCGACGGCGCGCACACCAUUCCAACAUUCUGUGUCUUGAACUGCUGCAUAACUCACUAAUAUUCCAAUAUUAAUUCACGAGUGAGUAUUUCAUUUUCAGGAACAAUAAGUUAUUGUGCAGCCGGUCUUCCACGAGGCAUUUUCGAUCUCUCAGCCGGUACUAUGAUAUUCAAUCACGUGUGUGAUUUAUACAUGUGGUGCUAUGGGCUGUGAUGAGCUAUGUGUUGUUGGUGGAGAGAGAUGAAGCAAAUGGAAGUGAAGCCAGACCGGAAGUCGGCCACACGCGGUCGACAGCGAGCACGUGGAGGGGGGGUCGAAGACAGACGGAUUACGGAGAAGACGUGUUUUGAUCUGGAGUGAUUGUUUACUCUGCCACGGUCGACAAGGUAAGGCCCCAGUGUUUCAUUCUGUCUUUUGCUUCUUGUUGUCUUUUUCGUCCAUCACACCACAAUAUAUAAAGAGUUAACUUCAAUCAAAUCACGUGUGUGAUUUAUUUAUAAACAGAGUAGUACGGAUAAUACUGGUAAAACGUUCAGUUACUUCCCUUGAAUACUUUUAUUUAUUUUUUUUACCCCCCUAAACUUGAAGAUUACCAAAUAAGCAGUAAUAACGUCAGUGAAAAAUAGAUAGUAAGUAAAUUGCCUUUACAUAUUUAUCACUAUCAGUUGCAAAAACAAAAACAUUUAUUCAAAUUCACUUUCAGCAUCAAGUAACUGUUCCAUUUGUUCCUCCGUAAACAAACACUUCCGCGCAUGCGUAAUACAAUAAUGGUGAUGUUCUUAACUGUUAUAGGGGAAUGUAAAUAUGUUUGCAGAUUGUUUUUCUUACAUGUUCUAAAUACUUUUAUUUUAAUAAAUGUUGCUUACUGCAAGUUAUGGAUGAUUCUUUUAUGACUUCAUUGCUUUCAGGCUCACAAAAUGCGUCUGAAUAAACAUUGCCGGACCGCAAAUAGAGACUCGGACAUUACUUAGAAAAUAUUUUUCAUUUUUAACCUUAUAUAUAGUACGUACUAGGAAUUUUGGGGGAAAAUGCGGAUUAUACUCGAGGAUUUACGAAUAUCAGAUGACAUUGGAGUAAAAGAAAUUUUUACUUAGAUACAUCAUAUUCAACAAAAAAGGAAGGUAUUACACUGAAUCCAUAUAACCCUGUUUAUGUAAAUUCUUGGUGAAUUACUAUCUGGAAUCUGUACAGGAUUAACUUGGACAAAUUUAUAGAGUUUGCAGUAUCUUUAGAUACUGAUAAAAACACUGUAAAAAUAUUAGUUAGGAAUAAAGUAUGAAAACAAAAAGACAUAUGAUAUAAUGUGUUGAAAGAAGAAAAAUUAUGGAAAAUGAAUUGAGAACCGUGUUAAAUGCAUAACAGAGUCUAAAAUGAAUGAUCUUCCUGAUGUGAUGCUGAAAGAUACAAGAAAAACAUCAUUCCAUUGUGAUAUCUGUGAUAAGUCAUUCUCUCAAAAAGCUAAUCUCUUUACUCAUAAACGUAUUCACAUUGGAGAAAAACCAUAUUGCUGUGAUAUCUGUGGUAAAUCUUUCACUCGAAAUAAUGUCUUGACUACUCACAGACGCAUUCAUACAGGAGAAAAGCCAUAUCAUUGUGAUAUCUGUGGUAAAUCAUUCUCUCGAACAUGUGAAGUAACUACUCACAAACGCAUUCAUACAGGAGAGAAGCCAUAUCAUUGUGAUAUUUGUGGUAAAUCAUUCUCAGAAGGAGGUACCUUAACUAAACACAAACGUAUUCAUACAGGAGAAAAACCAUAUUGCUGUGAUAUCUGUGGUAAAUCAUUCUCUCGAAGUAAUGUCUUAACAACUCACAAAUAUAUUCAUACAGGAGAGAAGCCAUAUCACUGUGAGAUCUGUGGUAAAUCAUUCUCUCGAACAAGUGAAUUAACUACUCACAAACGUAUUCAUACAGGAGAAAAACCAUAUCACUGUGGUGUCUGUGGUAAAUCAUUCUCUGAAGGAGGUAACCUAACUAAACACAUUCGUAUUCAUACAGGACAGAAAGCAUUUCAUUGUGAUAUCUGUGGUAAAUCAUUCUUUCAAAGAGUUCACUUAACUUCUCACAGAUAUAUUCAUACAGGAGAGAAGCCACAUCAUUGUGAUAUCUGUGGAAAAUCUUUCUCUGAAAAGAGUCACUUGACUAAACACAAUUGUAUUCAUACUGGAGAGAAACCAUAUCAUUGUGAUAUCUGUGGCAAAUCUUUCUCUCAAACAAGUCAAUUAAUUAUACACAACAGAUGUACCCAUACAAGAAAGCACCUGUGUCACUGUGAAAUCUGUGGUAAAUCAUUCUCUGAAACAAGUUACCUAGCUUCUCACAUACGUGUUCAUACAGGAGAGAAGCCAUAUCAUUGUGAUGUCUGUGGAAAAUCAUUCUCUGUAAGAAGUAGUUUAACUACUCACAAACAUAUUCAUACAGGGGAAAAACCAUACCACUGUGAUGUCUGUGGUAAAUUAUUCUCAGUAAAAAGUCACUUAACUAAACACAAUCGCAUUCAUACAGGAGAGAAGCCCUACUGCUGUGAUAUCUGUGGUGUAGCAUUCACUCAGACAGGUCAUUUAACUACUCACAAGUAUAUUCAUACAGGUGAGAAACCUUAUCACUGUGAUAUCUGUGGUAAAUCAUUCUCUCAAACAAGUCAUUUAACUAUUCAUAAAUAUAUUCAUACAGGGCAGAAACCAUAUCAUUGUGAUAUCUGUAAUAAAUCAUUCUCUCAAAAUAGUGACCUAACUAAACACAAACGUGUUCAUACAAGUGAGAAACCAUUUCAUUGUGAUAUUUGUGGUAAGUCAUUCUCUGAAGGAAGUGUCUUAACUAAACACAAAUACAUUCAUUUACGAGAAAAAUCAUAUCUUGGUGAUAUAUGGUAAAUCACUUUGUAGUAAAUUAACUUAACCACUAAAGUGUUCAUACAAGAGAUGAGCCUUAUUGUUGUAAUGGUAUGUUGUCAAUCAUUUUCUUAUAGAUAUACCUUUACUACUCAUGAACAUAUUCAUCCAGGAGAGAAACUGUUACUGGGAUAUUUGUGGUAUAAUAUUUCUCAAAAAAAAAACAAUCACUUAACUAUACAAGGUUUUAUCAAAAUGUAUCAGGACUGUUGCUAUAAAAAGAAAACUAAAUCACAUAUCAAUUUGGCUUUUAAUAUCCUAUGAAGUAGUCUCCUUCUGAAGCCACACACUUCAUCCAAUAUCAUUUCCAUUAAUGGGAGCAUUCCAGUAAAUCUUUUUUUGGGAAUGCCAUUUUGCAUUCUCUUGCAUUUCCUUGAUCAAAAAGUAUAGUAAUGGAGCUAAAGAAUGCAGAAUGAAGUCACUUCACACAGAUUGACCUUGGACUCUGUCAAGCAUUCACACUAAGUUAUAAUGUUCUCAUUCACUUCUAUUGUUCAUAGCAGUGCUUGGAAAAUCUCAACCUCUCUGAGCCUGAAGCAAGCACAAAUGAGUUAAAGCAAUGUGAAGUUUUCUUCAACUACAAGGGCAUUGUUCAUUAUCAGUAUGCUCCACCUGGUCAGAAAGUAAACAAGGAGUACUACAGUGACAUUUUGCAGCAUUUACAGGAUGGUGUUCAUUGGAAAAGGACAAAAUUGCAUGUGUUCAAUGAGUGACAGUUCCACCAUGACAACACACCUGUUCAUUCACCGCAGCUUGUCCAGCAGUUUUUGGUCAAGCACAAUGUUCCCCAGGUUUGACAACCACCAUAUUUCCCAGAUCUCACCCCUUGUGGCUUUUUCUCUUUCCAAAAAGCAAAUCCCAUUUGAAAGGGACAAGUUCAAGACAUCAAGGAAAUUCAAGAGAAUGCACUGAGCCAGUUCCUCACUAUCCCCAAAAAAGGAGUUCCAGGAAUGCUUCCAUCAAUGGAACUGAUACUGGAUAAAGUGUGUAGCCUCAGAAGGGGACUAAUUCGAAGGAGAUUAAAUACCCAAUUGAUAUUUGUUGUAGUUUUUGUUUUUAUAGCACCAGUCCUAAUACUUUUUCAUCAGACCUCAUAUAUAUGUGUGUGUGAGUGUGUAUGAAUAUGUAUUCUCACAAGACAGCAACUCUAUCGAUGACAAAAAUUAUUCUAUGAAAAAUAACUCUUCUAUAACCAAGAAAAAAGUAUGUGAUAAAAAGCUCCCAAAAUUAUAUUUUAUAUAAUCACAAUUAUAUCUACAUUUCUAAGGUAACUUGCCGCUCUGAUAUUUUUAAUAACUUAUGUAUAUAAUAAUGUGUGUAUCCUAUCAGAGAACAAUUCUCAUAUUUGUUGAAAUUUAUAGAAUUUUAUAAUAUUCUUAUUUAUAGCAUAAUUCCUUAUAAAGCUGAGUGGUAUAAUUUGUGAAUCGUUAUCUUUGUUGGUAUAUCAAUAGCCGUUCUCCUUGUUGAUAUAGGCUGGACAUGUCUGUCAUGCAAGAUAUCACUAUAUUUCCUCAAACUUUCCUCAUCUUCAGUUCUGAAGCCAAGAUCUUAGGUUUUUUUGUUUUUUUUUUUUAGUUAUUAAGAAUAUUUACAAAGAAUGAUAAACAGGAUCUCAGUUUUUUUCUCUUUUAACUUGUAACUUUUUUCAUCUUAACUCUGAAACCCAAUAUCUUGAAUAUUUUUGAGUUAAGAAUAUUUACACAGAAUGAUAACUUAAAAUUUAAAUAAAGCUGGUUUAUUCCUAAUUUUUCUUUUACUUUCAUUUUACAUUGUGUCAACACAAA